AUGUCUACGCCCAAAACAAAAUCUGCAUGGCUCAUGCUCGCCAUCACAAGCGGAGCAUGCGCAGCCUUCAAUGGCGUCUUCGCGAAACUCACAACAACAGAGCUCACAGCCUCCUGGUCAAGCGCCAUAGCCUCUGCAUUCGGUCUCUCGCCCUCGAAUAAACCGGUCGAGUUUGCUAUACGUGGUCUCUUCUUCGCCUUAAAUCUCGUCUUCAACGCGGUGAUGUGGGGUCUCUUCACGCGUGCGCUCACACUCGCUUCCUCCACCGUACGCGUUAGCAUUAUCAAUACCUCCGCAAACUUCAUGGUCACAGCUGUUCUCGGUUUCCUUAUUUUCAACGAGAAGCUGCCGGGACUGUGGUGGCUGGGCGCAAGUCUAUUAGUUGCGGGGAGUGUGAUCAUCGGGAUGAGGGAAGAGGGUGAGAAGAAGCCAAGUGGGGAGGAGUCGUUGCUGGGAGGGGAGAGAGACGGAAAUGGGUUUAGGGAUAGCGAGGAAGAAGAGAGAGUCGAGUUGGAUAGUGUGAUGGGAACAGAACAAGAACGGAGAUCCGAGAGCGAGGAAGAGAGUAGUGACGAGGAUGCAGUGUUGAGAUAGUUGGGGAUGUAUGGUGUGGAGCAAACCGACAUUGCA